CAAAAUUUAUUCGUUUUGUAUUUUAAAAUUUCAGGUGUAAAAAUUUAUAAUGUUAAAUAAUAAUUUGUUUGUGUUUUAAAAAUCUGUGAAGAAUUAGCAUCAAGCAUGAAUAUUGGAGAUGGACUUACCAUUCAAACCCGUUCUAUUGGAGGUAAACCCACAAAGGGGAUUUUCCUUUUACCUCAACCUGACGAUAAAACAAAGAAAACCAACAUUAAGCAAAGAAAUCGUGGGUUUCCAAGAGAUAGAGGCACAAACAAUGAAAAAGCUAAAAGUAAAGUCAAAAUUAAUGUCCCAAGGCCAAGGGCAAAACCAACUAAACCCGAUGAUGAUAUUCUGUUUCUGAAUGACAGGGAAAAAGUUGAUGUUUCUGUGAGAAAAACUACAGAGCCCCGAACAAAGGUCGAAAAUCAAAAUAUCAAUUCUAAAAAUACAAAAUUUGAGAAGCCAAAGCAAGAAGCUGCAAAACAGAAACCUCUGGUGCCGAGAAAUCGGGUGUGGAAUCAAAAUUCAUCGAAUAAUAGAAGCAGAAAUGUGACCAAAACACCAACGGAAGAAAUUAAAGUUGACACUGCAUUUGUUACUUUGACACAAGAUCAAUUGAACACAAUUUUAAGUUUGGUGAAAACAAAGCAAGAUAUUGAUGUUGCUGAGAUUGUGAACAAGAAAUCAAAACCUGAAGGAGAGAAAAAAGAAGAAGGGAAAGAAGAGAAUGAAGGAAAGGAAGAAGAUGGCAUCCAUAACGAACCAACUGUGGUCCCUGGACUUGAUACUGGAGAUAGUGGUAGUAAUGCUGGUGGUGACGAACACAUUGGGGGUUUAUUAAAGGAUGGAAAGCCAAAAAGUAGAAGUAACUCGGCUAAGUCUAAUAAAGAAGUUAAAGCAGAUGAUACGAAGGCGACACCGAGGAACAAAAUGUUCGACACACUAGGUGGGGUUGGGAGCAGGGAGCGCGACAAAGAUAUUCUCGAACAACGACGACAACAAUGGAUCAAAGAUUUGAACGAACAAGUCAAUAAGAAGAAACAAAUAUCCUCUUAUUCGUCGAUCGGAACAAAGAAAAAGGAAGAAAAGCCAGAGAAACCGCCACCAGAGGGAAACAAGGCGAAAACAAGCGAAAAGAGUUCUUCAGCCCCGCCGUCUGCUAAGGCGAAACCAAAAAAAGCCACCAUAGACAUGAAUCAGAUAAAUGAAGAUCUUCCUUCGGCGAUGAGGUCAUCAUUCUUCCUUGGUGAGGCUGCUCCCAGGGAUCAUGCGUUCUCUGCUAAGAAGAAACAGCAACAGCAAAGAUGGAGGGAGGAAUUAGAUAAACAACUGUUGGAACAAAAGGAGCAACAAGCUGUGAGGAAAAUGAGACAUGAUGAGGGGGAAUCCCCUGAGGAGGGAAUGUGGGCAAGACACUUCGAUACAAUGAAACCGACCACAGACAGUGUGCUGACAGGUGCGCACUUGUACUGGCUGUAUGGUGUUUCUCAACCCUUCAUGGUCUGUGGGUACCAGAGUGCUAAAUCCCAAUUAAAUUCCAUUUUCGAUGGUUUGUGGCUUUUUGUUCUUGUUUACUGACUUCUGGAGUUUCUCAACCUUUCAUGGUUUGUCGCUGCCUUAUAAAGACACUUAACACCCCCAAAA